AGUAAUCGACACUGGUCAGCCCUGGGCACCAUGGGCUCCAUCUCCAAGGACCUGAAGACAGCAUUGGAGGUCUUUGCCAUCUUCCAGUGGGCUCUGAGUGCCUUCCUCAUUGUUUUAUUUGUGGCCCUUUUCCACCUCUACCUGGUGGUGUUCACACCAUACUGGCCGCUGGCUGGGCUCACAAUUAUCUGGCUGAUUUUUGACUGGAAGACCCCUCAGCAAGGUGGCCGGAGGUCAGACUGGGUGAGAGGUUGGUGUCUAUGGAAACAUUUCAGAGAUUACUUUCCGCUCAAGAUGGUGAAGACUCAUGACCUAUCCCCUAGACACAAUUACAUCAUCGCUGUUCACCCCCAUGGGCUCAUGUCGCAUGGCACUUUUUGUCACUUUGCUACUGAGGCCUCCGGCUUCUCCAGGAUCUUCCCUGGCAUCACCCCAUACCUACUCACCUUGGGAGCCUUCUUCUGGGUGCCUGUCCUUAGGGAAUAUAUGAUGUGUGGUGGAGCAUGUUCUGUGAGCCGAGCCUCCAUGGAGUACCUGCUAAGCAACAGAGGCACAGGCAAUGCUGUGGUGGUGGUGGUGGGCGGCCUGGCCGAGUGCCGCUAUGGCAAGCCCGGCUUCUCCAAGCUUGUUCUGAAGAAGCGGAAGGGCUUUGUGCACAUGGCCCUCCGGCAUGGGGUGGCCCUGGUCCCCUCCUAUUCCUUUGGAGAAAAUGAAACCUACAACCAGCACAUCUUCACCCCAGGAGGCUGGGUCAACCGCUUCCAGGAGUGGUUUCAGAGGUUGGUGCACAUCUACCCCUGCGCCUUCUAUGGCCGUGGCUUCACUGAGAACUCCUGGGGCCUUCUGCCUUACAACCGGCCCAUCACCACCAUCGUUGGGAAGCCCCUACUGAUCCCCAAGAUAGAGAACCCGAGCCAGGAGAUGGUGGACAAAUACCAUGCCUUGUACCUCACGGCCCUGCGGAAGCUGUUUGAUGAGCAUAAGGUCCAAUAUGGGAUCUCAGAGAGCCAGGAGCUGGAGUUUGUCUGAAAGCUACCCACCAGCAAGCUCCCUGUCUUAGGAGGGAGGUAUUGAGGGAGCAGGCAAGGAUGUGCACGUAGGGGAGCUGUGGGUGGACUUGUGGGACCCAGAGACUCAGGGAGGGGGGCAGACAAUGGAACCUCUUCCACUGGGUUGUUUCAAUUCUUCAUACCUUGGGCUUGUGGAGGCAGAGAAGUGGCACAGGGCCAGGCAAGGCACGGGGUUAGUAGGGAGCUCAGGAUUUCUUGUGUGGGGGUGGCAAACUCCUCCUUAGGGCAGAGUAAACCAUUGGACAGCCAAUAAAAAUGCCACCUGAAAUGCAGUUCCAGAAGUAUUUAUUAAGUGCCAAAUACACAACAGGGUCUGGGGGGAGAGAUACAAAGUUUCUCUGAGACAUGAGGUCUGCCCUCAGGGAGCUUCCAGUCUGGCAAGGGGAGAAAACAUGGACACAGACAACCAUUAUAUGCAAGAGGAUGAAUACGGAUACAUAGAAGGCUAUAUAAUCAGUGGAAGCAGAGAGCACAUCUUGAUGGGGGUGGGCUGGGAAGGCCUCCUGGAGGAGGCAGCAUUUGCGCUAGACCUUGAAGGACAUCAUUAGAAGGAGCUCUUAUGGGAGGACACUGCAGGCAGGGGGAAUGGUAGCUGUAGAGGCCUCCAAGCCAGAAGACAAAGAUGACAUUCCAGGGAUGUCAAGCCAAACGGAAUUCUGAGAGGGGGACCCAUGCAAGCUUGGACUGGCCAAGGCUAUUGGAGCCAGAUUGUGGAGGCCUCAAAUGCCAGGCUUCAGAGCUUGGACCUAUUUGAUGGGCAAUGAUAAAGACCUUUGAAGAAUUUUGUGCAGUGGAGUGACAGAGCCAUGCCACUGUACUGAGGACACUAAUCUGGCAGUGUCUGGUAGGGUGGGUGAGAGGGGAGAGUAACUGGAGGCUGUGGCAACAGUUCAGCUAAGAGGCCAUGAAAGGCCAGCCUUCCAAUGGUCCUGGUGACUGAUGGGACCCCAAAUGGAACAUGCCCAGUGGUCUUCUAAGCAGGGGCACGUGGGCGGGGCUGCCACUAACAGACAUUGCCAAGGAAGAAAGAAGAGCAGGUAUUUAGUGAGGCUCCAGGAAACAUGGCACAGAGAGCCUGCUAGGUAGCCAUGCAGCUUUGGGAAUCACUCGGGCACACGUGCUAGCUGAUGCCAGUGAAGAGGCUGACGUAGAGGGAAUCAAGAGAAGUCAAAAAGGAGUGAUGAGGAAGGUAGGAGAACCUGAAAAACGGAGGCUCAUGGAAGCCAAGGAGAGAGGGCAGUCAGAAGGGGCAGAAACAGCAGAGAAGAAUGAGAACUGAAAGUGGCACAGUGAAGCUUGGGGCCAGAGACUACCCUUCAGAGAAUUACAGACCUUAGAGCUCAAAAGCUGCUGAGAGGUCAAGGUCACCCCUGGUGCAAUCUCCAACUUCCCUUUCCCACAAGUGAGCAUCUGGGCUGUGCUUGAAAACCUUCCAUGACCUUACUCUUGGACAGCUCUCAUUGGUUCGUUUCCUGACAUCAAGCUUAAAUCAGUCUCUCUUUCCUCUCUCCUCUUUCUU